GAGUAGCGCGCCGCGCGCACCAAUCCAGAUGAUCUCAGGGGUGCUUGAAAUUCAAAAUAAGAUCAGGUUCGAUGUGCUCUAUUCCCAUGCAUUUUGAAGUGAAGUGAUUGGAGGCUAACCAUUUCAACUUUAGCCGUAUCCUACGUAUUCCAAAUACUUUUUGACGCUAUCAUCUGAACAUGAUGACAAUGUUGUUCAUUCGGGUCUCGGCGUUUUUAGUAGCAUGCGGAUAUUGCAUUUUGGCCGAUGUAACUUUUUCUAACUUCACUCUGGAUAACGAAGUGCACUCCAGCUUCAUCCAGCGGCGUCUGCGGAGUCAGGAGCGCAGAGAGAUGCAGCGGGAGAUCCUCUCCAUCCUAGGGCUGCCUCACCGGCCACGGCCGCACAUCUACACUAAACAAAACGCAGCCCCGAUGUUUAUGAUGGAUUUGUACAACUCAAUUUCAACAAACGGAGAGCCAAAAAGUUACUCAUAUUAUAACCCUGCAUUUACGACCCAGGAACCACAAAUGAUAGCCCAGCAAGACAGCCGCUUUCUGAACGACGCGGAUAUGGUAAUGAGUUUUGUCAACCUUGUGGAGCAGGACCAGGACACCCUGCCUCUGCAGCACCGCAGGGAGUACCGCUUCGACCUGUCUCGCAUCCCAGAGGGAGAGGCGGUCACGGGGGCAGAGUUCCGCAUCUACAAGGACUACGUCCGAGAGCGCUUUGAGAACGAGACCUUCCGAGUCAGUGUGUUCCAGGUGCUGCAGGAGUCCCCCAGCAGUGAUGUGGAGCCAUUCGUGCUGGACUCGCGGGUAGUGUGGGCAGCUGAGGAGGGCUGGCUGGUGUUUGACAUCACAGCCACCAGUAACCACUGGGUGAUGAACCCCGACCAGAACCUGGGCCUGCAGCUGUUGGUAGAGGGUCCUGACGGCCAGAGUGUGAACUUCCGGCUGGUGGGACUAGUGGGCGGCACAGGGUCACACGACAAGCAGCCCUUCAUGGUGGCCUUCUUCAAAGCCACUGAAGUCCGCUUUCGCAGCGCACGCUCUGCCCAUGGUCACAAGGGGCGGAACCGGUCCAAAACCCAGAAGACUGCCCAGGAUGCCUUGAAGGUCGCAGAGGCUGCUGCAGAGAACCUCAGCACUGACCCCAAGCAGGGCUGUAAGAAGCAUGAGCUGUAUGUCAGCUUCAGGGACCUGGGGUGGCAGGAUUGGAUCAUUGCUCCAGAGGGCUAUGCAGCGUACUACUGCGAGGGUGAAUGUGCCUUCCCCCUCAACUCCUACAUGAACGCCACUAACCAUGCCAUUGUGCAGACUCUGGUACACUUUAUAAACCCAGAGACGGUGCCCAAGCCCUGCUGCGCUCCGACCCAGCUGCACGGCAUCUCAGUGCUUUACUUUGAUGACAGCUCCAACGUCAUCCUGAAGAAGUACCGCAACAUGGUGGUCAGAGCCUGCGGCUGCCACUGACGUUUGGCAUAUCUCCAACUUCCUGGGAUGCACCGGGACAGGAGGAAGGGGAGGGGCUAGGUGUAGGAACUUAGUCACUGCCUGAUCUGUAAGGACCUGCUGCUUCAGGGCUAACUGACCUCUCUUGUGAACACUUGAUGAAGCUUGACUAGGAACUGUCAUGCAUUGUAUAUCCACAAAUACUUUUUUCUUUUAUAACUAGAAAACACAGAAAGAGGAACACUUACUGUCCCUUGGUCCACUGCAAGGACUUUCAGUACCUGGGCUUGUUUUUUUAGUUUUUUUUUACAAAAUGGUGCAUUGGACAUUUUAAAAGAGAAAUGAAAAUCAUCAGUUAUGAACUGGAAGUUUGACAAGUACUGAAGCCCACAUGGUAGCCUGCGCGUGGAUGGGAAACCAUGUUUGGAACUUUGCAUCUGAUGUACUUUACAUGUCAAGUAGACAUGCAAUAUGUUUUUAUGAACACAUGUUUUUUUUUGUUAGACUGUUUCAAACAGCUGGGUUACCUUUGAGUUAAACAUAAUCUAUGUCUUUUCUUUUGAAAUCCUGUUUUAAGAGCCAGCGUUUGGUCAGAGUCAGGUGUGGGACAUCUGGCUCUCUGCAUUAAGGGAGGUGGUGGGGGUUCUGAGAGUACUGGCAGCUCUAACUGGUAAUACAAGUGUGUAGGAUUGAUAGGCCGGUAGGUUAGGCUGAGUUUCCUGUAUAUCACCAAGCCCUCUGCAGCAGAGGAGAGGCAUGUGGUCUCAGAGAUGAUUCUUCCCCCAAAAUAUAGAGUGGGUUCUGAGCCAUCACUCCACUUCAGUGUUCUCUUGAUGUUGGGCCAGAUCUGCAGGUGGGCGAGGGGAGGCCGUAUUUUUUGUCAAAACAAAAUGUCAGAUUACAGCAGCAAAAAUAAACAGAAACUGUUCAAAUGGACCUGGGCCAAUAAUUUAAUAUCACUCUGCCAUGCACGCAACCAAAGACUGGAACUUGAAAGGUUGAUUAAAUAUAUAUGAUACUGUACAUAAUAUAAGUACACACUGUGCA